UGCAGUUGCCACAACCGCACCAAAUCAGUUGUUAGCCGCAUUGGCAGAAGAGCGGACGCGUUUACGGUUGCGCAAAAGUUGACGAAUAGCGAACACAAAAUUCGAUAAGAAUUGGUGCAAUUGAAGUGAAGAAAAGUGUUGUAAAAAUUGAAAUAACUGUAAUUCAUAAUUCUGUGUCGUGUGCCGCUCACUUGCGUUUUUCAAAGCCAAGGUCCCGCUGAUAGUUUUUGUGCGUUCUUUGUGACUUUUGCUAGCGCGUACGCCCACGUAGCAGAUCUGUGUAGCUCGCCUCUGUCUGUAUGUGUGUACGCAAUACUCCAUUUGCCAGCGUAGAAAGUGUUGCGCUCAUUAGGCGCUUCUUUGUGUAAAGUCAACAAAGCAAUUCUUUCCGAACGACGCGAAAUAUAUACUUUUUUUAAUUAAAAAGUCGCAUUCAAAGAAUUUAACAAAAAUAAUAAAAAUCGUGAAUAACACAAACCAACAGCGACGAAUAAACAAACUCUUUGUAAAACAACAACAACACAAACAGUUUGAAAUUUCUGUUCCCCAGCUGUGAUCGCACCUUUGGCCGGUGGUAAAGAUGCGCUUUCGUUCCAGAACUGCAUCGUGGCUGCCCAGCAGCUGCCGCGCAUCGACAAAGCAGCAAGCUGCGGCGCACAGCAAUGUUGGUUACGGCAUUUUGCUUGUUGGUCUCCUCUUGCAGGUGCUAAUAGCCGCCGCGUCAGCCGGUGCCGUCACAGCCGGCAGUGGCGGAACGAAAGGAUUACAGCGCAUGCGGGCAGCGAAGGUAGCGCAUGUGCAUGGGCUGCAGGCAGUGCCGGAGAGCUUGAGUAACAAUGAGGCGAUGAUGACAAAGAACAAGCAAAGCAGGCAUGUUGACGGCAGCAAUCACUUGACUGGCAAAUAUGAGAUACGAAGUGUUUCGGGUGAGCCCAAUUACAAAUCCGUUAAUCUAACUUGGGAGGUUGAAUUCGUGCCCUCCGUCGAUUCGACGUCGUCGACGACGACCGAUAUUGAUGCUAUCACCAACAGCAGCGCCGAAGUGGAACCGCCGAAAGCGUUUCAGAUUUUCUUUUGUGAAUUACAGUCAUUUGGACCGCAUCGUUGUCGCUCCAAAUUAGUGAACGAAACGCAACAGCUGGAACCAAGCGGUAACGAUGACAGCAACUACAACGACAAUAACAACAACAACAACAAACUCCGCAAUAAGAACAACAGCAACAAGAACAAUAACGUAGAAGACGAAGCGGCGAAAAGCAGCCAACGGCAGAUACGCCAUUACGCGGUGCAAGUGGACAACCUCCGCAUGGCCACCAAAUACAGCUUCCACAUCCGACCGCAGGCGAAGCGCAGAAAUAUGAAAAUCACUGGACGCUCCGAGCUUUUCGGCAACGAAAUCGACGACGAAGCGAAGGGCGUGCCACUCAACGGCGGCCAAACUAUCAUUAUACCAACGAAAGGAUUUGCUGCACAAGCUACACGGUGCUUGCCACAAGCCUCAGAGAUCGAAGUGGAAACCGGUCCAUACUUUGGUGGGAAGAUUGUUGUAGAUGGUGGCAAUUGUGGCAUAAAGGGAGACCAGAAUGAUCCCACCGACCGUUAUACGAUGCGAAUUGAUCACAAAAUGUGCGGCAGUUUGGUGAAGCCGGAAACGAAUACGGUUGAAACGUUUAUAACGGUACAGGAGAAGUUGGGCAUCUACACACACAGCACCAGAAGAUUCGUCGUGGUUUGCAGUUUUCAAUCGGGAAUGCAGACGGUGCGCGCCAGUUUUACAGUGCCCGGCAGUGACGGCGUAGCCGCGCCUGUCGAAAAUGAUCCUUUCGAGCCAGAUGACCGUCUGGGCCGAGAACAACGCCACAUGCGUUUUGUGGACAAGAGCGCAUUGGUUUUGAAGGAGCAUACACCGCUGGAACCUGCAGCACCGGCAGCACACACGCAAGCUUUGGAAUCGGACGAAAGCAUUGCGCUGGUCCAAGAGGUAACCGAUUCUGCAAACAUCAGCGCCGAGGGUAGAAGCAAUGAAAGCAGUAAUAACGCUGCUAACGAGCUGUUAGCCGUCGACGGCAAUGACGCGCCGAACAGCGUGGCCAUGUUGGAGGACAUUGUGCCUGGUGUCAAUGAGCAGCACAUAAAGCACGCAGAUGAAGAGCUGAAGCUGCAGGAGAUGGACGAGCAGCAUGAAUAUGCUGCUGUGCCGACAGUGCCGGUGACGGCGGCACGUGCGGCCAAAUACGCGAAAUUAGUUCGCGAGCAGGCAGCCGCUAAUUUACUGGCAGAUGCGGCGAACACCAGCGGUACAAUGAGUGUGGAGCAGUGGUAUCACUUACACAACACAGCUGAGGGAAGAGGUUUCGCUUCCACAUUGGAGCGCAUUUCGUCGAACUCCGGCAGCAUUAUCAUCACCGCUUCGCUGUGUGUGAUAGUUUUGGGCAUCUUCGUGUUUGUCGUGUUUCGUGAGGCACGUCGUCAGCGCUACAUUCGCAGCAACAUUAAAAUGCAGCAGUUGCACUCGUCACGCGCUUCAUCGUCCACAUCGCUGUCAGCCAAUAAACCUCAACCAGGGAAGCGGACAAUGCCGCGUGCGCUGCAAGCUCAGCUGCCGCAGGGUUCCAUGUAGAAAUCCUAUGGCGGGUCUUGCCGUUAACUUAUUAUCAAGUAAAUUAGUAGGAAACCAGAGAGUAAAGUAAUAGUUUUAAAAUGAGAUUAGAUUAGUUGAAUAGCGUAUAAAUUAAGAGAGAAAUAUUAUAUUCAAUAUAGUAAUGAGUAAACCGUUGCAUACGCACCCGUAAAAUCUUUGACCAAACUCCAGCUAUGCUCAUUCGUCUUGUUGAAUGACAACGGAGCUUCGGCAUGAAGACCGUUGCACCAUUUAACUCAAGGUGACUGAGCAUAGAUGUGCAAAUCGUAAUUAAAUGAAUAUUUAGCUUCUGACUACUCUUUCAAAUAGCCAAAAAUAAAAAAUAAAAAUAAAUAAAAAAAAUAAUGAAAAAGCUCUCAGAUCGGAAAUACUUUUAUAAACAGAAAUUUCGAAAUCUUCUUCUUAGCACUAUAUAUAAUCUUACUUAUAAAUUAUUUUCAUACUAUUAGGAGUAUUAUAAGCGUUGAUAAAAUUAAAACAAAAGCGCUUGAUAUUUUACAGUUAUUUUAGUUAUUUCUAGACUCUGAGCUAUUUUAUUUUGAAUGACUAAAUAGCACGUACUAGCCUUUAGUAUUUCACUUCGACUUUAAAUGCUAGCAAUUAAGUUAAAUAUUAUAAUAUCAUAAGAUAAGCUUAGCACACUCUUUAAAUAAUCGUAUAUAAGUGAGAAAUGUAUAAAUUAUC